UUUUUUUUUUCUUUUUUUUUUAACUAUCAGAACAUCCUUGUUCUUUUCUUUUCUUCCCCUUCGUUGUGAUACCCAAGCUCUUCUAGCCUUGCGCUGAGGUUGCUCUUGUUUCUUUCUGUUGAGAUACCCCCUUAAGAUACCCUACUCGAACCCCAGAGUUUAUUUACGGAGCUUUUCCCAGCCUCCUUACGACUUAUUUUAAUCUCAUCCAUACCUAGCCAUAGCGAUAAUUACUCCUUUUGAUCAUCCAUCAACAUCAUGUCUGACACCCAGAAACCCGUUGAGGAGACCCCCGCUGCUGAGGCUCCCGCCGCGGAGACUCCUGCCGCUGAGGCCGUCCCCCAGGAGACCCCCGCUGAGACCACUGACGCUGCCCCCGCUGCUGCAGAGGAAUCCAAGGCGGAUGCUCCCGCGGAGGAGGCCAAGGAGGAGGUCGUCCCCGCCUCCGAGGGCGUCCUGGGCUACAAGGCUCCUGGUCUGGUGAAGGGUCUUCGCUUCUCCAAGCGCUUCUUCUACUUCAGCGAUGACGCUGUUGAGUCCAAGCAGCUCUCCGCCUACCGCGCCAGCGAGAAACCCGCUGUCGCCAACCCCGUCGUUGCCUGGGCUAGCCAGACCGGCAAGGGUCUCCUUUUCCUCGCCAAGCGCGCUGAGGAUAAGGCUACCCCUGCGGGAAUCAUCAGCUUGGCUGAGAUCUCCGACAUCGCCAAGGAGGGCUCCAACGAGUUCCACUUCAAGCUGAGCGGCCACAAGUACACCUUCCAGGCCUCCAGCGCUGCCGAGCGUGACAGCUGGAUUGCUGCGCUCGAGGCCAAGUCCGCCGAGGCUAAGGCUGAGAAGGAGACCAUCACCUCCAGCGAGGGUUACAAGGCUGAGCUCGAGAAGCUGGCCAAGCCCGCAGUCGUCGAGCCCACCAAGAAGGCCGCUGAGCCUGAGGAAGAGGCUGCUCCUGCCCCCGCUGAGGAGACCAAGGUCGAUGCCAAGAGCCGCUCCCGCUCUCGCAAGAGGGCCAGCAUCUUCGGUUCUCUCCUUGGAAAGAAGGAAGAAACCGAGGAGAAGAAGGCGGAGGAGGAGGAGGACAACAAGGCCGAAGAGGCUAAGCCCGCUGAGACCGCUGCUGCUGAGCCGGCUGCUGAAGACGAGGCUGCUCCUGCCCCCGCUGAGGAGCCCAAGGAAGAGACCGAGCACGCCGCUCCCGCCUCCAAGUCCAAGCGCGCAUCUCUGUUCGGUAACUUCUUCCAGAAGGUCACGAGCCCCUCUCAUGAGAAGUCUGAAAAGGAGGCUGGCGCUGCCACCGAAACUGCCCCGGUUGCGAGCACCGCUCCUCAGCUUGACAACCCCGUCGAGGAGACUGCUAAGCCUAGUGAACCUGAGAGCGCGACUGCUGCUGCUGAGGAUGAGGCCGCUACUGCUGAACCCCCCGCUGCUGAAACCUCUACCAAGGACAAGCGUCGUACCUCUUUCUUCAGCGGCUUCGGCAAGAAGAAGGGUGACUCUGACACUGAGGGUGCUGAGGGCGAUGCCAAGACUAAGAGCAACAAGCUGGGUGGCAUCUUCCGCAAGCCCAGCAAAGCCGUGAAGCCCGAGGCCAAGGAACCCGCGUCUGAGGCCGAGGCCAAGUCCGAGCCCGCUAUCGAGGAGUCCCCUGCUGAGGAGGCCGCCAAGCCUGCUGAGGAUCCUGUCGCUGAGGAGCCCCAGCCGGUUGUUGCCGCCGCCGCCGCCACCCCUGUCCAGGCCGCCGCGUGAAACGGGUCAAACGGAGUCGAAUUUGAGAAAUGGUGGGAUCAGCGUUAUUUGCCUGCCGAAGCUUCUGCAUCAGGAUGAACCAUCUUGCGAGACGGAAAAGUGAAAAGAAAAAGGAACGAAAAUGAAAAACAUUGCCUAAAAAAAAUCAUUUACCGCCUAAUCGCCCGAGUUUUUUUUUUUUUUACUAUUUUUAUUUUCUUUGAAUUAAUGUCUUAACUGUUACUCCUAUGGCAAACUUGCGUUUUCUGGGAGUGCAUUUUCUGUAUGGAGUGUCAAAUGAUACCCUCUGUUAAUUUGAC